AUCAUGAAAAAUCUUAAUUGGUUGGUCUUAAAUAUUUUACUUUUCGCUGUGCCCGGAGAAUGUUAUCGCAAACCCACCUUACCAGACAACUGCACAUGUGUGACAAGCGAGGGAAUAUACAGCUUAUUUCAUCUUAGAAGAAGAGAUGGUAAACCAAGGUUUACAGAAACAGGAUUUGAACCACACCCGAAUUAUUUUUACAGUUACAAUCCUUGUGUACCCUACGAUCUCACUUCAAGAAAAGGCAAAUGCAUAAACGUGGCUCUAUGCAAGUACAAUAAAGACGACCAACCGGUGUAUGACGAUAUUGGCGAACAAGGAGAUGUUAAAUGUGACAUUAGCAAUGGAAAAGUCGCCCUGAUUUACCCUAUAAAGUAAGUAAAUCAUACUCUUUGAAGUGUACUAGAUAUUUACGAGUGAAUGCUUAAGAACGAGUAAAGUAAUGGACUUAAAUUCAAUUACUAGAUUCCCAAAUUUUAAUCCCGCUAUUAAUUUAUGCACAUCAGAUAUAUGUUAUACAUACCCCCACCUUAUAGUUAGUAACUUUUGUCCUACUACCAGGCGCUGAUCGGAACCAUCAAAAAAAAAAUCAAACAAAAGUCCUCGCGACCCGCUCUUUUUCAUUAUUUACAUUAAGAAAACGAACGCUUCUGAGCUCAAAAUGGAAAGAACUGGCCAGAAAGAAGCAAUGAACCAAUCUUUCAAGUUUGCAGUUCCCCGGUCUCAAAUCAGACCAUUACUGUAGUUUCCCGAGAGUGCGACGUUUCGGUAAAUGUUAUUCUUUAAUGUAGAUUUAGUUUGUAACAACUGUCUAAGUAUGACCUAAAUUACACACGAAUCUGCGCAAUGUUGCUUUUGAUAUUUUCUUAAUUCACAUUUUCCAAAUUGAAGGUGGGAUGACAAGUUUCUAUAAGAUUGAUGUUGUGCUUCGUGUAUACCGACAAAGCACGGUAUCGCAGAAUACCAACAAAAGCACGGUAUCGAAGAGGUCAUGGGUUCGAAUGCCGUUCAAACCAGAUUGUUUGAGGCUUA